AUGGAGGGGUGACCCCCAGCUCCUGGAUCCACUGGUGUCAGUGCCGCCAGCCCUCAGCAGGGACCUGCUGCCAGCGUCCGGCUGAGCCCGGCCCCUGGCAAGGCGCUGAGCCCCGUGCUGCUGUGCAAGGUCUGCGGGGACACCAGUAGCGGGAAGCACUACGGCAUCUACGCCUGCAAUGGCUGCAGUGGCUUCUUCAAGCGCAGCGUCCGCAGGAAGCUCAUCUACAGGUGCCAGGCAGGGACAGGGCUGUGCCCAGUGGACAAGGCACAUCGCAACCAGUGCCAGGCCUGCCGGCUGAAGAAGUGCCUGCAAGCUGGCAUGAACAAGGACGCCGUGCAGAACGAGCGCCAGCCCCGCAGCACGGCCCAGGUCCGGCUGGACAGCAUUGAGCUGGAUGCUGGGCUGCCCCCCGAGCACGUGGCCACCACCCGUGAGGUCCCCCCGGCCCCCUGCCCAGCUCCCCGUGGUCCCAGUGCCACCGUUGCCAUCACCCCGGGUCCCCGAGCACCCACGCCGCCUACAAACCAUCGCUUCAUGGCCAGCCUGAUGACGGCUGAGACAUGCGCCAAGCUGGAGCCUGAGGACGCCAGUGAGUACCAGGUGGCACCGUACCCGGCAGCCAGCCCCGAAAAUGUCUACGAGACCUCAGCGCGUCUCCUCUUCAUGGCUGUGAAAUGGGCCAAAAACCUGCCUGUCUUCUCCAACCUGCCUUUCCGUGACCAGGUGAUCCUGCUGGAGGAAGCAUGGAGUGAGCUGUUCCUGCUCUGUGCCAUCCAGUGGUCCAUGCCCCUGGAGAGCUGCCCACUGCUGGCCGUCCCCGAGCCAGCCCCUGGCAAGCUGCUGCCAGCUGCCCUGGAUGUCCGGGUGCUGCAGGAGACCCUCAGCCGCUUCAAGGUGUUGGCUGUUGACCCCACUGAAUUUGCCUGCAUGAAGGCAGUGGUGCUCUUCAAACCAGAGACCCGGGGCCUGAAGGACCCUGAGCAGGUGGAGAACUUGCAGGACCAGUCACAGGUGAUGCUGGGCCAGCACAACCGCUCUCACUACCCUGGGCAGCCCGUCAGGUUUGGGAAGCUGCUGCUGCUCCUCCCAGCGCUGCGCUUCAUCUCCUCCGAGCGCGUGGAGCUGCUAUUCUUCCGCCGAACUAUCGGCAACACCCCCAUGGAGAAGCUGCUGUGCGACAUGUUCAAGAACUGA